AUGGAGCAGGUGAAGAUGGAGCUGUGGGAGUUCAGCGCCAUGCCUCUCAGGAAGCGGUUCCGCAUCCAGAGCCUCCUGAGACUAUAUUGUACAUAGAUACGGUCUCUCUGCAGGGCUUCGGCGACGAAGCUGUGUAAGCUUGGCAGAAGGCGAUGGGCAUGAUCUGGCUGUGAGAGACUUAGGCAUCGCCUCGUCGUACAGAUGUGGGUAGUCGCCAGGGUCUGGCCAGACCAACCUCCUUUUCGUUAAUUUUUUUAAACUAAGAAUUCGUGACCAAGGGUGCUGGCUGUAUCCUUCUGGCUCUCUCCAUCAAGACCGCUCCUGUACUGUAGACAGCGAAUUCGAACCUCUCUGGAGUAAGCAAUCGCACAAAUAGUAGCGGUGGGUUGUACUCAACAAUCGUGAAUACGCACAGAAGAGGACAUCAUCUACUGCACCCCUUCAGAAAAUGAAGGGAGGAGAGGUUGUACUUCCUACUACUACGUCGCCUGCGAGAUCCGUGUGAGACACGAAGAAAGGCUGUCCGACUUGCAGUACACACGCAUGUUUCGUGUGGGAGGUUUGCUGCGUAAGACUCGCCGUCGGAUUCAACCACCCAUCACUUACACAGGGGCGAGAGAAACGAAAAUAACUUCGAAUUCCCCGUUCAUCCUCCUUGCGCGAACGAUAACUAUUCAUUUCGUGUAUGGC